GUCGCACGCAGUCGGCCCGGGACGCCCAGACGGACCGGCGCUCGAAGGACGUACCGCAGACGGCGGCCCGCGCGCACGAGGCCUCGCCAAAGCGCCCACGAGGUGCGGACGCCCCGCGGCCUCGAGGAUGGGAGCUGUCUCUCGGGGAGGGCACCGGCAGCACGAUCGGCGAACCGUCCCGAGGGCUGAGGUGGCCCAGUCGGACGGCGGCCCCAGAUGCCGCCCCCGUGGGAGCGCCGAGGCGGCGUGACGAGAUGCGCCCCACCACGGCCGAAGCCCCACGUCUCCUGGAGCCGGGCGCCCGCGCCUCCCAACGAGGCAGCGCUGCGGAAUAUGGCCAUAGGAGCGGGAAGGCCGAUGAGGCCAGGGAUCGAUCCAGGAGGCGGCACUGGGCCCUGGCCAUGGUGGGCCUUCUGCUGGGCCUCGGGCCAGCCUGGGGCCUCGUCGCCGGCGGACCCAACCAGCAGAAGUACAGCACGCGAUUGGUGCGCACGCGCUACGGGAGCCUCCGGGGCGUCGUGGCGCGCGCCGCGGGCGAGGCCUCGGUCGAGGUCUACCUCGGGGUGCCGUACGCGACGCCGCCCCUCGGCUCCCUUCGCUACAUGCCACCGAUCACCCCGUCGCCGUGGCGCGGCACUCGCCUCGCCGACACCAUGCCCCCGGUCUGCCCCCAGCGGCCCCCGUCCCCGGACCCCAGCAUGCCUCGAGGGCUCAAGGCCUACCUGGGGAGGGUCGGGCCCCUUCUGGCCAACCAGAGCGAAGACUGCCUUUACCUCAAUCUGUACGUGCCGAGGCCGCCGGGCGCGAGCCUACCCGCGGCCGCAGCCCCUCCUCCUCACCCAGGUAGCAGCACGUCGGAUCUGCUGCCGGCUUUGCUACUCGUUCAUGGCGACUCUUAUUCAUGGGGAGCUGGGAAUCCGCUGGACGGAACCGCCCUGGCAGCGCAUGGACGGCUUAUAGUUGUCUCCAUCAACUUUCGUCUAGGUAUUUUAGGUUUCUUGAAAACAAGUACGAAAGGAAGUGCGCAGGGCAAUUACGGACUCAUGGACCUCGUGGCUGGGGUACAUUGGCUACGAGAGAAUUUGCCUGCAUUUGGUGGAGAUUCCAAUCGAUUAACCCUCCUGGGCCACGGGACUGGCGCUGCACUUGCAAACUUCCUUGCCGUUUCGCCAAUGGCCAAAGAGCUUGUUGAGCGUGUUGUCCUCUUGGGCGGCUCGUCCCUUUCGCCCUGGGCGAUACAGCGCGAGCCUCUGGCGGUUAAGCGCCGCGUGGCCGAGAUCCUGGGAUGUCCGGGCGACGUCGAGGUUGAGGAUGUCGCGCCCUGCUUACGGCAGCACAACGUCGAGGACCUUCUCGAAGUGAAACUCGACGUGCCGAGAUUCACCUCCGGCUUUGCCCCCUUCGUCGAUGGCGCCAUUUUGCCCGAGGGCCUAGUUAAUAGUCAGAGCUUUCAACCCACGGUUGCGUCUUCGGGACUAAUGCCACUGAUGCCAGGACCGGGAUCAGAGUUUGCUAAUUUUGGCGAUCGAGAUGUACUUAUGGGUCUCACGUCCGACGAAGCUUGGCUAGAGUUAGCAGAGCAAGAUCUCGAGAAUGGACUGAACGAGACGCGGCGAGACAGGAUCCUACGUACAUACGUCCGCAACACUUACCGCUACCACCUCCACGAGAUUUACUCGACAUUGCGCAACGAGUACACGGAUUGGGAGCGCGCCGAGUCCAGUCCUCUCGCCAUCUGCGAGGGUCUGCUGGCCCUUCUGGGGGACGGCCAAGUCGCGGCGCCCCUCCUGAGGCUCGCGCUCCUUCACUCGGCGAGCGGUGGCCGCGGCUACUUUCUCCACUUCCAGCCGGGCAAGCGACCGAGCCAAAAAGGCGACGAACUCCCUUACUUUAUGGGCACGCCCCUCCUCCGGGCCGAGGAUAACCCUGACAACUACAGCGCCGAGGACGAGAGUCUCUCACGGCUGCUCGUCCACUACCUCUCCAACUUCAUUCGCCGCGGAGAUCCGAACGGCGCGGCAUCGGCGAUAAACUCGGCGGCCUGGGGCUCAUCGGCUGACGUCGAUGUGAGCAGUCCUCCUUUCUGGGACUCCUACGACUCGAUCAAUCAGCUUUACCUGGAGGCCGGUCGCAGUACGGAGAUGCACUCGCACUACCGCGGCCACAAAAUGAGCCUCUGGCUGAACCUGCUGCCCCAACUCCAUCGUCCGGGUUACGAAAUCAGUAUGCGCCACCACCAUCUGGCCGAGAGCCCGGCUCUUUACGAGGGGCCAGUGAGGCCCCAGACGAUGGCUAUACCCAUACCGGCGCCGCCCUUACCACUGCCCUACCCCACGGAGCCCUCGAUAUCCAGCUCGCCGACCCUCGCGAGCACCUUGGUCACCAGCACCGAUUGCGCGCCCAACCUCACCAACAAUCUGCUGUCCGGGCCUGCCUCCACCUUCCCCAGUAAUGCACAGCAUCCGCAUCUUGGACCCGGACCUAACAAUCUCCUGCGCAAACUAGCUACUAGCCACUAUCAAAGCUACACAACUGCACUUACGGUAACAAUAGCGGUUGGCGUGUUCCUUUUGCUGCUCAAUAUUCUCAUCUUCGCGGGCAUUUAUCAUCAGCGCGACAAAACGGGAACAAUUGGUACGGAAGUUGGUCAGCAGCAGAGCUCCAGCUCCGGUCUCACCGGCAAGAAAAUGGACGACCUCCUGGAGAUCGGUUGCGCUGGCGGCAUCAUCCGCGACUCGUCAGUCAUUGGCGGCGCGCACCCAAACAAACGCAGCCUCCCGAGCUUCGUGUUCGCGGAGUUGCCGGCUAGCAGCAGCCCCGGGCACAAGGGAAAAUUCGUCGACGAGCUUGAACACAUGCAGCUACAGGAGUACGAACAUCGCGGCCAAAACGCUUUUUACUGCCCGAGUCCUCAGCAACAACGGGCACGAACCCCAUCUCCGUGCAUCGACGCGACCAUGGCCGUCACGAUGGACGACCUCGAUGAGGAGGACCUCCCCGAUCCACCGCCCCCACCCAAGUCACCCGCCCCAUCCUCCUCUAUGAUCUGCCCGGGUAUACUGAGGCAGCCCGGCACCCCGGGUUGUGCCAAAAAGCGCGUUCAGAUCCAGGAAAUCUCCGUCUAAUUCUGGUUUCUCU